GCUUCGCGGAACGGGUUAUGCAGACGCCCUGGCCGACGGCGCAACGACGACCUACAGGAAGGGGGCGAUGGCGUUCCCGCGGGCUGCGGCUGGGCGUGUGCGACUCAGUGACGUGCUGCCCCCGCGCCUGCAGUCUCUCCUGUCAGACUCUUCGCAGAUGUUACGAGAGCCUGUGGCUCGCAGUUUUGCUUUGGGCGAGGCGCCAAGGGUCUGUGCAAUGAGCCCAGUUUUGCAGCGCCACGGCUACCACUAUGGGGAGUGCCUUUCGGAGCUGCCCACCGCGGGUGUCAUCGAGCGCGUGGGCGAUGGCAGCAUCAUUGAGCGGGCGGGCCUCUUCUUUGUGCCGAAGAAGAACGCGUCGCUGCGCUUGAUCUUCGACACCAGGAGGUCGAACGAUCACUUUCAGGACCCGCCGUGCACGCUCCUGGCAAGCGGCGAGGCGCUCGCCAACCUGGAAGUUGACGCGGCGCAGGGCGUCGCGGUGGCGUCUGCAGACGUGGGCUGCUGCUUCUACCAGUAUGAGCUGCCUCCGUGGGCGCGCCUGUUCUUUGGCUUCCCCGCGGUGCAGGAGGCCCACGCCCACAUCUUGAGCAGCGUCAGUCCUGUGGCGCCGUGGAUUGCCGGCAAGGCGCCGACGCCCGCGCUCGGCUCCCAGUGCGCCGCGGCCAAGAUGCUGUACAUAGACAACGUCGCGGUCUUUACUUCUGGCGGCGGCGACCCGGUCCUCGAGGUUGAGCACAUGCUGGCCGCGUUGGACAGGCAAGGUAUCCAGGCCUCGUUUGCGACGUGGCGGCUGUCGAGGGGCAAGUUCUGGCUCAUGGGCCACGUCGCGUCCGCGGUCAUGCUUCAGCGGCCGAUGCUCUCCCUGUUUCACGCCAUCUAUGAGUUCUGCAGGCGCUCGCGUGACAAGCGGCAGCCGCUGUGGAGCUCUGUGAAGCACGAGCUCGCAUGCUUCCGAGCGCCCCUUCCUUGCGUGACCGCCUCGCUGAGCCGCACCUGGUGCGAGCGGGCCACGGCCACCGAUGCCUCGCCGUGGGGCUUCGGCGUGGUGGAGCAGCCCUGGCCCGUGGGGGAUGUUCGCCGUGUUGGGAGCCUCUCAGAGCGCAGCCGCUUUCGAGGCGUCCUCACAGCGGACUACGCGCCACGUGACACGCUGAUCGAGCAGCAGCUCCUGCGGGCGCCCUCUGCAGCUGUGGUGGCGGAGGGCGCCCUCACGCAUUUUGAGGAGGUGCCCGCAGGGCGGCUGCUGGCGGAGCUUUGGGCUGUGGUGGCAGCGAGGCGUUGGCGCCGCGCGGCUGCGAUUCACAUCCUAGAGGCUGAAGGUGUGCGCUGGGCCGUUCGGCGUCUGGCUCGGAAUGCGCAGUUGCAUGGUCAGCGGCACCUCGUCCUGGGCGACAACCUCUGG